AUGGAUUAUCAGAAAUUAUUUAAUGUCAUUCCAAAAGAACCAAGGAGAUGGACUUAAUGUGAUGUUGAAUCCUGGUUGCAGUUUAUUGGAUUGCAAGAUUUAUCAGAUGUGUUUUAGAGAAAUGCUAUUGAUGGUGCAUGUUUGGAAGUGUUAAAUGAUGAUGAUUUGAAUGAAUUGGGUAUCAACUCUAAUGUUAAAAAGAAGAAGAUUUUACAAUGGAUACAAAACGGAUUCAUAGAAUAUAAAUAGUUUGUUAGAGACAAUGUAGGUUAAAGCGAAUGGUCUAUUGCAAGCAAAUAGAUAAUAAAUAAAGAAAAUCUCGAUUAUACUCCAAUUCAAAGAUUGAAUGAUUUUAAACCAAGAAGAGAUAGUUUUUAAGAUAAUCACAGAGUUGAAUUGAUAGAAUCAAUGAAAGUAGUUGAAGCACCCUAAAUCUUGCAAUAACCAAAAUAAAAUCUGGAAGCCACUAAAAUACCAUCAUAUCCAAAUUCUAUAAAGUAGAUUGAAUCUAAGCACAUCAUUGAAAUUGUUUGCAUUGGGGAUAAUUAGAAGAUCUGUGUGACUGAAAAAGGACUUAGUAUUGGAAGAAACCCAGAGAAUACUCUAAUUUUGAGUGAAGAUUAUGUGAGUAGAAAUCAUUGUCUGAUUGAAUUUGAUUAGAAAACAAAUAGUUUUUAUUUGAAGGACACUGGAAGUACAUCUGGGACAUUUGUAUUGUUAAUGCAACCAUCAUUGAUGAGAUUGGGUUUGAUUUUACAUAUGGGAAGCAUGCAAUACAAGUUAGAGUAGAUGAAUUGUAAUAAUCAAUAAUGCGAUGUGGUAUUGAGAGUUGUGGAAGGGUUGUAGAAGAAUCAAAAGUUUUAAUUCUAAUUAAUUAAGAAUUAGAAUUGUCUCAAGUUUGGGAGAUAGUUAGAUCAAUUUAGGAUGGAUACACAUUUGUCUGGUAUUCAUGCUCAAUUUAGUUACACAGAUGAUGGGUUGAUUUUGGAAGAUAUGGGGAGUAGAAAUGGAGUUUGGGUGAGAUUGAGUGAAUAAGGGUAGUGUAGUGAGAGAGUGAAGUUGACACAGGAUAGACAAUUUAGACUUGGGUAUGAAAAAAUAUAUUUGUCCAAUUCAGCAAUUUCUAUCAAAUUAGUCAUUGUGGGUGAUGGUAGUGUUGGGAAGACCUGCAUUUUGAUUAGAUACACACAAGAUAAAUUUCCAACUGAUUAUGUACCAACUAUAUUUGAGAAUUAUUGUACAUAAAUUGCCUACGAGAACAAAAUGGUAAAUCUUAACUUAUGGGAUACAGCAGGACAAGAAGAAUACAAAUAAUUGAGGUCUAUCAGUUACCCAUAAAGUGAUGUCUUUGUUAUUACAUUUUCAGUAGAUGAACCAAGUUCAUUUUAAAAUGCUGUCAAAAAAUGGUAUCCUGAAUUAUAGGCUGAUCAACCUAAUGUACCUAAGAUUUUUGUAGGAAAUAAAAUCGACGUGAGACCAACAGAAAAUGCAGAUGAGAAUAAAUUUGUUACCUUUAAUAUAGCAUAGAAAGUUGUUUCUGACUUGGGAUGUAAGUACAUUGAAUGCAGUGCACUAAAUGGAACUAAUUUAAAAUAAAUUUUCUUAGAGGCAAUUAGAUAGGCAAUAAAAAAGAAAUUCCCUCCUUAACAACCUUAAGCUUCAUAGCCAACUAAGAAUUAAUCAGGAGCUCAAAGAAAGAACAAUAAUAGUGACAAUGAUGAUGCCAGUGGGAAAUGCUUAAUUUAAUGAUUUUAUCAAGAAGCACAUAAAUAUAUCUAUAUAGAUUAUUGUUUUUU